UUAGAAAAUGAAGUUGAGGCACAGGCCAGAUGUAAUCUUGCCAAGUCUUCUUUUUGUAACACGUUUCAAAAACAGGUUAUUCCGACGACGGCGUGUUUCGUGACGAAGCAGGACCAGAAUGAUAGAGAAGGUAAGGUGAUAGUCUGUUUUUUCUGCGACAAAAGUCAUAACACACUAGAGUGCAGCAAAGCAGAUAAGCUGUCACUGGAAGAAAAGAAAAAUGCAUUAAGGAAAAAGGUGGGUGUUACAUAUGUUUAAAGAAAGGACAUCUCGCCAAGUAUUGUAAAGCAUUUAUUAGAUGUAUGUAUUGUAGUAAGAGACAUGUUGUUAUGUUAUGUCCAAAGCUCCACGCACAACCGAAGAUCUGUGAGCAGAACACAACAGAAAAACAUUGUGAAAACAAUAAGGAAGUAAACAAUAGUUUCAUAAGUAAUGACAUAACUACCUUGUUACAGACGCUAGUAGUCAAAGUUUCUAAUGGUAAACAAGAGAAGAAAAUAAGAAUACUUCUAGAUUCUGGUUCACAGAGGACGUAUAUAAAGAGGGAGCUGGCAGAAGAUCUUGGACUUCAGGUAACAGGCAACGAGAACCUCAGCCACUCGCUAUUUAGCGGUGUGAAGAAACCAGCAAAAAUACAUAAAGUCUUCAAGUUUAGAGUAAGUAGUUUAGAUGAUAAGUUUCAUACUACUAUGACAGCAUUAGAACAAGAUGUGCUUUGCGGAAGUUUACCCAAAGUGCAAGACCCAAAGCUGAUAGAAAACUUGAGAAGGCAUCAGAUCUCGUUAACUGACGCAGCGGAAAGUAUCAAAGAUAUUAGUAUAUUAAUUGGAUCGGAUCAAUUAGGUUGCAUUAUUAAAGAAAACUUCAUUCGGUUAGAUGACAAUUUAGUAGCAAUACCAACAAAACUGGGGUGGACACUACAAGGCCCAGUUCAAGGAAGUAAAUUGGAAAGAGUUAGAAGAAGAAACAAGCUCUUACAAUAUCCAAUGGAAGUUUUCAGCUCCAGCAGCUCCCUGGUGGGGAGGGUGGUGGGAGCGAAUGAUAAGGGAGAGAUGGGUGUACAAGAACAGCUAGAGUUAAAACAGCUUCAGGAGAAAAGGUGAGACCAUAUCAAAGAUUAUUUCCUCUUGAAGUCUCAGCAGCCUC